AGUGGGAGGGAGCGAGGAGCCUGCUCGGGGCUGGGUCCCGGCCUGUGUCGCUUCCCGGGCCCAUGGAGAUGAUUGAGCUAAGGGCGCUGCGGCCGGAGAGGGCCCUGGACCUGACGGAGCCGCGCCCGGCCGUCCGCCUGGAGCGGGCCAACGCGCUGCGGAUCUCGCCCAAGGGGAAGGUGCCCGAGAUCCUGAGCCGCGUCCGCCGCAUCCAGCUCCGCGGCGGGCAGCGCGACCCCCGGCUGACCGAGGAGCUGGGCGAGGGGCACCGCUUCCGGCCCUGCGCCCAGAGCCAGCCCACCUGGUGCGACCUCUGCGGGGAGUUCAUCUGGGGCGCCUACAAGAAGACGCUCCAGUGCCUCCACUGCAAGUUUAUUUGUCAUUAUCGAUGCCGUGCUCUGAUCCGGCUUGACUGCAGUGGCCCCAGAUAUCAAGACAAUGAUCAGAAUGAAGGCAGUGAACAGACUGUGGAAAAAGAUACCAAUGUGGAUGAGCUAGUCGACUGGGAGAAGCCUAUUCUUUCUCAGGCUGAAAUUGAGCAGAAGAUAAAAGAAUAUAAUAGCCAAAUCAACAGCAACCUUUUUAUGAGCUUGAACAAAGAUGGUUCCUACACUGGCUUUAUCAAGGUGCAAUUAAAGCUGAUACGGCCUGUCUCAGUGCCUUCCAACAAGAAGGCACCCUCCAUCCAGGACACCAGAAAGAGCUCCUCCCGCAGCCAAGCUGUAAAACGUCGUACCUCCUUCUACUUACCCAAGGACACAGUCAAGCACUUACACAUAAUUUCUCGAACACGUGCCAGCGAAGUCAUUGAGGCCUUGCUGAAGAAAUUUAUGGUAGUUGACAACCCUCGCAAGUUUGCCCUCUUUGAGAGAACAGAGAAAGAUGAUCAAGUAUAUCUCCGCAAACUUUCUGAUGAAGAGCAGCCUCUGCAUCUUCGACUGCUAGCUGGACCUAGUGAAAAGACACUGAGUUUUGUUCUGAAGGAGAACGAAACGGGAGAAGUCAAUUGGGAUGCCUUCAGCAUGCCUGAGCUGCAGAAUUUCCUGCGUAUUCUGCAGCGUGAAGAAGAGGAGCAUGUUCGUCAGAUCCUGCAAAAAUAUGCCAAUUGCCGCCAAAAGAUGCAAGAGGCCAUGGCCACCUGCACACCAGGUUGACAGACUGCCCCAUCUCCAGUCUGGCACUCCAGUAAAUGGAAGAUGGCAGAUGCACAGAAGCGGUCAAACCGAAUGGACCAUGAGUGAAGCAAUCCUGGGACUGUCUGUGGACUGAAUGUAUCCUGGAGGGGGUGGGGAAGGGAGAACAGGGAUGUGUGGUUCUCCUUGUGAGCCCAUGAUUGGUGCAUGUGUGUGUGCUCUCCAUGGAGUGAGUGGUUAAAAGAGAUGUUGCAUGCCUGACACAGUGGGAUCAGGGAGGGAAGUAAGAUGUCUGUGGGAUGUGUCUGAAGAUAAAAUCUUUAGUAGUACUGUUGUAACAGCUGCUUUUGAAAGUGCCACGGUGCUAAUGCCAACUGUACCCACAGACUGGCUGAGUUUUGUUCAUAUGGGCUUGAGUCUAAAGAUGAUUUAAGAUUCUGAAUGUAACAUCAACCAAAGUGACCUAAAACUCAGGUGUAAUUCCGGAGAAAAUAGAUGUACUUGACAAGCACUUUCCUCUAAAAUGCUGGCUUCAUUUUUAAAAAAAUCUAUCUUGGUUUGAUCUACAGCAAAGAAAAACCCUUUGCCAGUAAGUUAGAAAUCUUACUUAGACUCAUCAUACAGAACAAAGGAGAAUAAAAUCUGUCUCGGAUCUGAGUCAGGGAGAGCAAUUGGACUGAAAUCUUCCUAGCUUGUGAUCAAAAUCAAAAUGCCAAAGGAAGCUCCAGUAAUAACUUAAAAGAAAAGCCUGAAAAUUUCUUGGGAAUUAUUCUGACGCAAAAAAGAACAUUUAACUCCAAAGACGACAUUAUUGCAGUUCUUACUAUUAGUCUUAAGAUUAAUGUUGAUCUUGUUGAUUCUGAAGAAACAAAGUCAAUAAAUGGCCCAUACAGAAUAGAAUAGCUCUGCAAAAACUGAAAAUAUACCACAGAGGAAGGAAUAAAGGCUCUUUUUCCUAACCAGGGAUGUCUUUUUUCAGCCUAAGGUAUGGAAAUCAUUGGCAUAACAAAUCUCAAGAUUGCUGAAUACUGCACCUUGCACAUGCAUGAAGAACCCAUUGGUGUGUGUAUGAGGGGCCAGCUUAACAUAAACGGGACCAUGCCAGAAAUUCCCUAAGUCAUGAUUGCAAUUGCAUUUAUAUGGAAGACCAUACACCUGCUGUAAACAUCCUUCUAUUUUAAAAGUCACAUACAUGGUUCUGCUGGUUGAUUGUCUCUUUGAAACCAACUCAAUUGAUAAAAGCUUUGGGGACUCAGAUUAUAAAUUAUGCUGCUUAUAUACCAAUCAACAAAUAUUCAGGGGGUGAGAAAAGCCAAGUGUGAGUAUUGAUUUUUGUUGCUGGGACAAUAAGAACAGUCCACCACACUAUUAGAAGAAACAGUAAUUCACAUGUAUAACAGAGGCAACAUUCUCAAAUGUCUCCACAGAAAAUAAUUGUCCACCAUCAAAUAAUUGAUUUCUUACUCCAAUAAUGACUGACAAAAGUUUGUUCACAGGUUGUGAUACUAUUGGUAUGGAACUGAGCAAUUGAUCCAGGUACAUGAAUUAAUAGAGGAGCACUAAUUGAUGGCCAAGCUAGAGCAUAGAAAUAGAAAAACAGUUAUGUUUGGCAGAUUCUGUCUUCUGAUUAUUAUCUAAACUGCUGGUGAAAGAGAAAUACCGUAAUAUGUGAGGAAUAUCCAAAGAACAAUGUCAUCAAGUUGCACUUACAGCAAGAUCUUUGGGGGGGGGGGGCAAAGCCUUGUUUAAUCAGAGUGAUUACAGAGUUGAAUUUCACCUGAUAUAGAAAGGAAGAUGACUGAGCUUUUAGGGAUACACACUUCAUCCAAAUAUUGCUGUAACUAGUAUUAAAAAGUCCUGUUGCCAUUCUGAGAAAUAUAGGUCUACCUCAGUUAAAAAUGUAGACGUGUUCCUGGGCAAUCUGGUACCAUACACAGAAAUAAAUGGAAAUAAUAGAGAUGGGUUCUUACACCACAACAAGAAAAGCAGUUCAACAUAUUUCAGCAAACUCUUCAUUCAGAACUAACAAUGUGCACAUAUCAGAUUGAUUCAGGUAAUCUGGUCACAGUUAACAAAAACACGUUGAAUCUUCUAUAAAUCACUUUAAUGAUUUUUCUUUUACCAGACUCUAUUUUUUAUUUUUAUUUUGAUAGGCAAAUACAGAGAUCUAAGUUUAAAAAAAAAACAUUGUCUAUUAGGUUUAGCUGAUGUGGAACACUUUUUUCUGAUUUUUCUGUUUUGCUAUUCAUGCAUGCUCAAUAAAGAAUGUUAGAGGCA